UAACCGUGAAGGUGAUUAUAUUUGGGAAUACCCUAAAUAUAAGUUGUGCCUUAUCAGCGGAAAAAGCACUAUCGCUAUAGUGAACAGCUGGUCACACCAGGAGCAAUUGGUCAUGAAACCCGAUAGCAUGAACAACUUGUCGAAAGGCCGAUCGUCCCGAGACUCAAGCACAGAGAACAAUUCGCAGAGCAGUGAUUCUGACAUGGAAUUUGUUGGGACAAGCGCUCAGGGACUUCGGAAAACUAAGGAAAACCACGAACGGAAAAUAUGUGAGCUGGAGCGAAAGCUGGCAGAGGCUGAAAUCCAUGCCAAGGCCCAAAAAGAAAAGGUCAAUUUACUUGAAAGUUGUAUAAAGGAUAAGGACAAUGUUAUAAGGACCUUACAAAUGUCCAUCGGUUUGGUUAACCAAACGAAAGACUUGAGCUUACAGAGCAUGCAAAGUCAAAUAGUGGAAUUGCAAAACGCUCUUGAUUUGAGCAAGAGCAGUACUUCAACAUCCGGAUCGGCGGACUCCAACUAUCAACAUGGGAAAAAAAAUAAUGCGCUGAACUCGGAAAUAGAAAAAUUAAAAAAGAAGAGCGACGAACUUGUCGAAUUUAAUGAUGAAACACAGAAUUAUGAAAAGAACCUGAGAGAAAAAGAAGAACAAAUCGCCAGGCUUGAAUUCAAAGUAGAUGAAUCGAAGCUCAAAAUUAUGAAGUUGGAGGGUGUGGUUCAGGAUAAGGAGCACCAACUAGUGGAAAUGGCCCAGAAAUUGUCUGCUUAUACCCUGGGUACUGAGGACACAAGUGAUUCACACGUUUUUCUCAACUCUUCUAAAGUGCCUUCAAUGAAGUUGGUUACACUUCCUGAUUUCGCACCCUUUGCAGCGGUUUUUGAAGAUAUUCCUUCAGCAGGCGCUGGUUGGAUGGUCAUUCAACGUCGAAUCGACGGAAGCUUCGAUAAGGUCAUAGUCCCAGAAUUGGUAAACGGCUGUGGAGAACUGGACGGUGAAUUCUGGAUUGGCCUCGAAAAAUUGCAUAGGAUAACGACAAGUCGUAGAUUGGAAUUAUAUAUCCACCUAGUCGACUUUGACAAUGUGACUGCUUUUGCAAGAUAUGAUAACUUUGUUGUUGGAGGCAAAAAUGAUAAGUACAAGUUGGUCUCCCUUGGUAAAUACUCAGGAAAUGCGGGCGAUGCCUUGCGGAGUCAUAUAAACCACACCAGCAUUGAGGACAGUUCUUAUUUUGCUCCCAGUUCCAAAUGGUGGGGUAGAAAUGAUUGUAAUUUGAACGGAACAUACUGCAGAUCUAAAGUUCAGUUGAACACAUGCGAUGGAAUUUGGUGGGGUCGUUGGAACAUGGGGAAACGCUAUUCCUUGAAGUCAUGUAAAAUGCUAAUCAGGCCAAAACCGUAAAAUUAUGUACCUAUUUUUAUACUAUUAUUUACACUGAAUUUAAGCAAAUUUGAUAAAUACUUAAGCAAAGAGAAAAAUAAAGUGUUUUGUAUAAUAACUACGACUUUAACAAGGAUAUAAACUAUAUUUAUAAAUCUGUAGUGGAAUCUAUAGCGUUGGUUAGUACGAGAGUCAGGCCUUAAUUAACGAAAAAAAUUCGUCCAGCCUCUAUACUUUAAUAAUCAAUAUAAGAAAAAUAUUUUCAAAUUAAAUUAAAUCAAGACAUGCACACCGAACUUUUUCAACUAAAUAUGAAAGUACAGGAACAUGAGACCAAUCUAAAGGAGAAGGAACAGCACAUCGCACACCUAAAAUUCAAAUUAAGACCAUUGAAGCGAAAAUUUUUUAAUUGUCUUUACUUUAACUUUUUAGUAAUUUGAGCAUCUUGUUCUAAAUGUAACCGCACAAAGUUAAACGUGGUUUCUAAUGUAUGAGUUUUCGUCGGGUUAGUUUGUUAAGGUGAUUAUGAAUAAAGGCAAUAAAUAAAAUUAAAUAAA